AAGAUCCAGCGACUAACAGUGGUGGGCGAUGCAUCAUUUUGGCAUUUGAAGUAGAGCGAAGAUGUCGGUCAUCGGGAUUGACUACGGCAACGUCGAAUGCGUCAUUGGCCAGGCCAAGCGCGGUGGCAUUGACAUCAUCCUCAACGAGAACUCGAACCGCAAGAACCCGUGCAUGGUCUGCGUCUCGGGCAAGCAGCGCUACAUUGGCGAGGGCGCCGUGAGCAUGGCGCGCACGCAGUACAAGAACACGGCCACGGACGUCAAGCGCCUCAUUGGCCGCAAGUUUGCUGCCGCCGAUGUGCAGGAAGAGAUUGCGCUCUACGGCUUCAAGUGCGUCGAGCUCCCGAACGGCCAAGUGGGCAUUGUGCUCAACUACAACGACACGCCGACGACGUUUUCGUGCGAGCAGGUCGUCGGUAUGUUCCUCAACAAGAUGCAGGCGAUCGCGGCUGUCGCCAACGAGGGCGUCAACCCCGCGUACUGCGUCAUCUCGUGCCCGGGCUACUUUACCGACAUGCAGCGCCGUGCGAUGCUCUCGGCGUCCAAGAUUGCCGGCAUGAACUGCCUCCGCCUCAUGAACGAACACACGGCCGUCGCGCUCUCGUACGGUAUCUACAAGUCGCUCCGCAACCUCUUCCACGAGUCGGAGCCCGAGCACGUCAUGUUUAUCGACAUUGGUCACUCGGGGUACACGGUGUCGGUUGUCGCGUUUGUCCAGGGCAAGCUCCAGGUCAAGUCGGUCGCGUACGACCGCUUCCUCGGUGGCCGCAACUUUGACAUGGCGCUCGCCAAGGACGUCUCGGAGAAGUUUGUCGCCAAGUACAAGAAGGACCCGCUCGCCGACGCCAAGUCGCGCAUCAAGCUCCUCGGCGCGUGCGAGAAGGCCAAGAAGAACCUCUCGCCGCAGGGCGUCAACUCGACCACGCUCGCGGUCGAGUGCCUCGUCGACGAGAUCGACUACAACGCCAAGAUCGACUUGGAGGAGUUCGAGACGCUCAUUGCGCCGCUCCUCGACCGCCUCGAGGGCCCGAUCGUCAAGGCGCUCGCUGACGCCGGGAUCACCAAGGACCAGCUCUCGUGCGUCGAGAUUGUCGGCGGCGGCGUGCGCGUCGCGUCGGUCAAGCGCAAGCUCGCCGACAUCCUCGGCCUCGACAAGGAGAAGCCCAACUUGGGCCUCUCGACGACGCUCAACGCCGACGAAGCGGUCGCCCGCGGCUGCGCGCUCCAGUGCGCGAUCCUCUCGCCGCUCUUCAAGGUCAAGGACUUCUCGAUCGCCGACAUUGUCAACUUCCCCGUCCGUGUCUCGUGGGAGAAGGCGUCGUCGGACGCGCUCAAGGACGACUCGAUCGGCGACGAUGACGAGCCGUCGCUCGGUGCCGGCGACGCCAACUCGGUGCUCCUCUUUACGCGCGCCGAUGACUUCCCCAAGACGAAGCGCGUGAGCUUCCGCCGUGCCGAGACGUUUACGAUUGACGCUGCGUACGACGAGACGGCCACCGAGUACCUGCCGCCGUCGCCGUACCAUUCGAUCGGCAAGUUCACGGUCUCGGGCAUCCCGGCCGGCGAGACGGACGAGGUCCCGCGCAUCCGUGUCAACAUCAAGCACGACAUCCACGGCCUCGUCGAGGUGGCCUCGAGCCAGAUGAUGGUCGAGAUCAAGGAAGAGGAGCCCAAGGAAGGCGAGGAAGCCUCGGAGGAGAAGAAGGAAGAGCCCAAGAAGAAGCGCUUCCGCAAGAUUGAGCUCAAGGUGACGCCGUCCGUGAACGGCCUCACGGUCGCCGAAGUCGCCAAGGCGACGGAGGAAGAGCUCGCGAUGGCCCAGCAGGACCGCAUCAUUGAGGAGACGGCAAACAAGCGCAACGAGCUCGAGACGUUUGUGUACGACCUCCGCAACCACCUCGGCGAGAAGUACGCCGAGUUUGUCGCGGCGCCCGAGCGCGACGACAUCGAGAACCAGCUCAACGACAUGGAGGACUGGCUCUACUCGGACGAGGGCUUUGACUCGAUCAAGUCGAUCUACCAGACCAAGCUCGACGGCCUCCGCGCCAUCUGCAGCCCCAUCGAUGCCCGCUACGUCGAGCACUCGGAGCGCCCGGUCGCGACCAACGAGCUCAAGGCCGUCAUUGACGAGUACAAGCGCCUCGCCAACUCGACGGACGAGGCCUACUCGCACUGGUCGGACGAGGACUGCAACACGCUCCGCAACGCGGCCACGACCAUCGAGACGUGGCUCUUUGACCAGCUCAACGCGCAGGCCGCCGCGAGCCUCACGGUGGCGCCGGUCGUCACGGCCGCGGCCAUCCGCGCCAAGAUUGUCGAGCUCCGCGCGUCGGGGCUCCCGAUCAUCACCAAGCCCAAGCCGCUCCCCAAGGUCGAGGCGCCGCCGGCCCCGUCGGCCGCCGACGACAACGCCGAAGGCGACAAGAUGGAUUUGGAUUAACUACUAGUAGGCGAAAAGACGUGAAUAUAUACCUCGUACCCACUCGA